AGCAGCAUUCAACACUCCUCCGUACAUCUCUCCUUGGUUGGGUAGCUUAGCUACCUGUGACUGUGAGAGCUGCCGAGGUGUUUAGUUGGAGCGGUAUAUAAGCUGGCCCUCAUGGUCGACCACGGGCUCAGCUCCUGCGGGCAGGCAAAGCAUACUAUCUUUGCUGCGUCGGCUGGUGUUUUGGCUGAGAUAAUCUAAGCUCGAAGCUGAGCCAGAUCGGCGACCAUGGCGCCUAGGACAACCAGGGAGGGGAGCGGAGGCGGAGGCGGCCGCGGCGGGGUGAGGCAGUACAACAGGUCCAAGGUGCCGCGCCUCCGGUGGACGAGCGCCCUGCACCGCUGCUUCGUCCACGCCAUUCACAGCCUCGGAGGCCACGACAGGGCGACUCCGAAGCGGGUUCUGCAGGUGAUGGGGGUGGGAGGGCUCACCAUUUCUCAUGUCAAAAGCCAUCUGCAGAUGUACAGGAACAUGAGGAAUGAUCUUGGAAUGCAAGGGAUGCAGCAAGUGCAACAGUCGGGCCAGGAGGAGCACACACGCUCAACAGGAGGAGCCAUGGAAGUCUGCACCGAUGAUGAUGGGGAGUGCCGUCUCCCCGGCUACGGCUCGCCAAAGCCUAGAAAGGAGCCGACGACGCUGCCGCUCCACCCGCAACUGAAAAGGAGGGCAUCUGAGACGGAGACAAGGGAGGAGGUGAGCGCGAGCCCCACGAGCCUGCUGAGAGUGCAAGGAGGAGGAAUAUGCGAGGGUAGGGGCAUGUCGUCGUCGUCCAGCCACGUACCGGCGGCAGCAGGUGGACACUACUACGUGCGUAUGGAUAUGAUGCAGGCGCAUGCCGUGCUUCAAGCGCCACCCAUGGCCGCGGCUCGUUUGGUGGAGCCCCGCCCUUCGAUGCCGCUGGGAAUAAAGCAGAAGCAGAAGCAUCGGCGAGAGCCCUGGAUGCCUACAACAAGGUUGCACCGCGACGGCGAACUCGCGGCCGCCUCCACGCUCGAAUUCUUGGGGUUCCUGGUGGCUCCGGGGCGUCAUCCUCCCCGUCCCCGUGCUGCCUGCUGCGAUGGCUACCCUAUUGAGGUCGGCAUGCCUCCUAACCGCCCGGCCGCAUACACGGCCAGCCGCACCGACGGUGUCCGUCCGUGCAGACCCGAGCCGCCAGGCAACGUCCUCGACGCCGGAUUCACGAAUUUGACUUUGGCCGGCGAACGCGACGGUGGCUGCUCGCUGUCGCUGGCGCUGGCCCUGUGCCCCGCCGGGGGCGGCGGCGCCGAGAGCAGCCUGCUCUCGUCGUCGACAGCCUCCUCGUCGUCGUCGUCGUCGGGGAGUCGGAUCAGCCUCGACCUGUCGCUGUCCACGCACGACUCGUAGAUACGGGCCCACUGGUUGACAUGGGCCAUUAUGAGCUGUCCUGACAGAUUUUGCCGAUUUUCGCUUCAGGUUUGGGCCUGCCACUGGUCCAUGUUAAAUAGUAUCGGCCUGUGAAUUUAGCUUUGUC